AUCAAUCGUGAGGAAGUGACGUCCUGACAGCGCACCAUCCACGUAGCAUUUCGAGUACUCGCGCAUCGUACGGGAUCGCGAAGAGCAUUCAUUAAAAGAUCAACGACGUUGUGUGUGCGGUGAGCUCGUGUGUAACGUGUGACUUUCUCAAUUGCCAUGGACCAAAUCAAGAAGCUCACCGAACCUGGCCGUCAGUUUGCCAAGGAUAGCAUCCGGCUUGUCAAAAGAUGUACCAAGCCAGAUCGCAAAGAAUUUCAGAAGAUUGCUAUCGCUACUGCGAUUGGUUUCUGUAUAAUGGGCUUUAUAGGAUUUUUUGUUAAGCUAAUCCAUAUCCCAAUCAACAAUAUCAUUGUAGGCUCAUAAAAUUAAUCCCCAAGAUUCUCAUCAAUAUUAUUAAGGAAAUUAUUGAUAAGGUUCUAUAAGACUAUUUCCCUUGUGUUGCAUGUCCUUGCUCUUAUUUAUGAUACAAAAAUGUAUUUGCUGUACCGAAUUGAUUUUGUGAGUGAAGGUGAGAGACGUGUAUAUAAUAUAUUAAUGAGUUUUGUAAUAAAAUAGUUAUCUCUAUAUUAAAAAA